AUGCCCACAAUGCCACCACGCCAACUCCUCUCGACCCUAAUAACCUCCCUCAGCAACACCCGCUGGACGCUGACCCGAACCCUCCGCAGCGACAACCCCCUCGACCUAAACGGCGAGCUGCGCGGCACCGCAACCUUCACCGCCCAACCCCCCACCACAACCGCCGACCGCGACUGGCUAUACUGCGAAGAAGGCGAAAUACCCAGCAAUGUGAGCCUUGGAGCCGCACAGCCCGGUCUACGCUGGACAAAGAAGUACAUCUGGCGCCUGGGUGGCGAUGGCGGACGCGUCAGUGUCUGGUUUGUGAAGGUCGCCCCGGGCCCGGAAGAAGCGGACUACCUGUUCCAUGACUUCAAUUUCGAUUCGGAGACAGCAUCGCAGCUGAAGUCGGAGACGAAGGAUGCGCAGAAAGAUCUCGGGGAGUUUGUUGCGCCGCCGGUGCCGCCUGCUGUCACGGCUGGGGAGACGGCUGUGCUCAAUGCGAGGGGAAACCACCUUUGUAUAAAUGAUAUGUAUCGCACGGCGUAUGCUUUCCGCAUUCGGCCUGAUACUGGUGAGGUGCUUAGUUGGGCUAGUCGACAUGUUGUGCGCGGGCCGAAGAAGGAACAAGAGAUUGUUAAUCGGUAUGAGAAAGGGGUAUGA